AAUAAAAAGGACGUCUAUUCUUCCCCCUUCUUCUUUAAUCCCUCUCCCCAUUUGCUCGCUCUCCCGCGAACUCAGAGAGAGAGAGAGAGAGAGAGAGAGAGAGAGAAUGUGCCAAAACCCUAGCCCUAGCUCCAGUCCGGACCCUAACGGUAGCCCCAGCGAGGAGGAGCAGUCUCGGGACGUUAAGAAGCAGGCGCAGGUCCAGGAGCUCGCCCGGAGGCUCGCCGACGGCGACGUGGCGGCCCGGGUCCAGGCCGCGCGGGACAUACGGAAGCUGGCCCGGGCCUCGGCGAAGGCCCGCUCCGCCUUCGCCGUCGCCGCCGUGGUCCAGCCCCUCGUCUCCAUGCUCCCCUCCCCGGAUCCGGAGGCCCGGGAGUCCGCCCUCCUUGCUCUCCUGAAUCUCGCCGUCCGCAACGAACGAAACAAGGAUAAUAUUGUGAAGAGUGGCGCUGUUCCGCAUCUCAUAGAGCUCCUCAGAUCUGAGAACAGCAGCCUGAGAGAGUUAGCUACUGCAGCAGUUCUGACACUCUCAGCUUCACCAUCUAACAAACCAACCAUCACCUCCUCUGGUGCAGUGCCCCUUCUUGUUCAAAUCCUCAUUUCUGGAAGUAUACAAGGAAAGGUUGAUGCUGUCACUGCCUUGUAUAAUCUGUCCACUUGCAAAGAGAGUCUGAAUCUUACUCUUCCUGUCGAAGCAGUCAAACCUCUUCUCACCCUGUUAAAAGAUUCCAAGAAAUACUCCAAGUUUGCUGAAAAAGCUGCUGCCCUUCUUGAAAUCAUCUCGAAAACUGGAGAAGGAAGGAGCUCGAUUUCAGAAUUUGAUGAAGGGAUUCUGACACUGGUAGAGACCAUCGAAGAGGGUUCUCUGCUUAGCACAGAGUAUGCAGUUGGGGUGCUGCUUUCCUUGUGCAGGAGUUGUUGGGUGAAAUACAGGGAGCUUAUCCUAAAAGAAGGGGCGAUUCCAGGGCUUUUAUUGUUAACUGUGGAGGGCACAGAUAAAGCCCAGCGAAGAGCUCGUGAACUUUUGGAUCUGCUCAGGGAUAACUCCCGGCCAAAGAGAGUGGUGUCAGAGAACUUAGAGACUAUUGUUUAUGACAUUGCCACUCGGGUUGAUGGUCCUGUCAAAGCUGCAGAAACAGCGAAAAGGCUACUGCAAGAUAUGGUCAAACGAAAUAUGGAGUUGAGCAUUACCAGGCUACAGCAUAGAGCAGCAUCUUGCACCCCCAAAGCACCGCUGACCUGAGAUCUUUCUCCUUAAGCUAGUUUACAGAUUUACCAUUAGAAGGUUAGGCUUGGGUCUUUGAAGAAGGUAAUGAACUGUAACACAACCAGCUAAUAGAAUUGUAAGUUGCUAUACCAUGUUGCUGUACACAUCUUCUGUUUUGGUGUAUAUACAUGUUAUUUUGAAAUAUAUAAAUGUCCAUAUUGCUGUUGACGACAAAA